AUGCCGUUUUUUAGUGGUAGAUGUUUAAGUACUUCCAAAUUAAUCGGAAAAACUGCAAUUAUAACAGGAAGUAAUACAGGCAUCGGUAAAGAAACUGCUCUAGAUUUUUAUAAACGAGGUGCUAAAGUUAUAUUAGCAUGUCGGAGUUUGGAAAAAGCUGAAGACGCUAAGAAAGAAAUAGAAGAGAGAUGUAAGGGUCUACCUGAGACCGGCAACUUGGUGAUAGAGAGAUGUGACUUAUCUUCUUUAAAAUCUGUGCGGGAUUUCAGUCAGAAAGUAUUAGACACCGAACCUCAUGUUAAUAUUUUAGUAAAUAAUGCAGGUGUUAUGAUGUGUCCUAAAGGAGAAACUGAAGAUGGAUUUGAAACACAGUUUGGAACAAAUCAUUUAGGCCAUUUUCUUCUCACUCUACUUCUAUUGCCACGUAUAAAAAAUAGUACACCUGCGAGAAUUGUAACUGUAUCGUCCAAAGCACAUACAAGUUAUGGGAUUAAUUUUGAGGAUUUAAAUUAUAAAAGGAGACCAUAUAGUGCAAUCCAAGCAUACUCUCAAAGUAAACUUGCAAAUGUAUUAUUUUCCAGAGAGCUGGCAACAAAACUAAAGGAAUAUAAUAUAGAGGGUGUUAAUACAUACAGCUUACACCCUGGAGUUAUAAAAACUGAGCUAGGCCGUCAUAUGGAUGACACUUUAUUUUGGGGAGCAAGAAAACUAUUUGGAAUCCUACGGCCUUUUCUGAAGUCCCCUGAGCUAGGGGCACAAACCACAAUUUACUGUGCAGUGGAUGAAAAAUGUGCCAAUGAGACUGGAUUAUAUUACAGUGACUGUGUUGUGACAACUCCCCACAGUAAUGCCUUAAAUGAUGAAUAUGCUAAAAAGUUAUGGGAUGUUUCGAUGGAACUUGUUGGCCUUCAGGAUUAUAACCCAUUUACUGCAAAUGAUCCUGGAGUGAAAAACAAAUAA